UGCAUUAGAUGAGAGACAUGUAAAAGGCUUCCUUCCCACACUAUUUAAAGCCUUUUUGUGGUGGUGAAGAGAGAGCAUCCAGAUUUCCCGGCUCAACAGCAGCAUCUCGCAUGUGUAGAUCACCCUGUAGGCCACAUGGGAAAAACUCAAACAAACUGCAAGCAAGCUUUGAAGGACGCCAUCAUUUUCUUCUACUGAAAGGCUUCAUACCCCAAAUACUCUGUGGAUCUGAAUGUCCUACUGGCAAAGUGAUGAACUUCAGCAGAGAUGUGGUGCGCCAGACCAGCUGUUACACUUAUGUCAUAGAGGAUGAAGAUUCAGCCCUGGCGAGUCUAAAUGCAGUCGAGUUAGCAGAGAAGGGGGACCUGACACUUCUGGAAAACCUGGUGAGGAAGAGCCCAGAGGUCCUCGGUGAGAGAGAUGAAUGCGGAGCCAGUCCCCUUCAUCAUGCUGCUGCAGGGGGCCACGUCACUCUCAUUCAAUUCAUCACCUCUGUCAUAGACUCACAGGAAUUAAACAGCUGUGAUGACCGGGGCAACGUACCUCUGCACUGGGCUGUGGAGAAAAACAAAGCUGAAAGCUGCAGGGCGCUUUUGGACCUGGGAGCAAACCCCAACAUCCUCAACAAUGCCCUCUUCUCCCCCCUACACCUGGCGAUCAGCCUCGGGCACAACAACCUGGUUGGGCUGCUUUUGUCCUACAGCGUGACAGACUGCAACCUACAGGGAGACCUUGGAAACACCCCACUCAUACUGGCCUGCUCCCUAAAUAACUGUGAGGCUUUGAACAUGCUGAUAAAGCAUGGAGCCAUGCUGUGCAAACAGAACAAGCUGGGUCAUUUCGCCAUGCAUGCUGCUGCCUUCGCGGGAGCAAAGAAAGCUAUGGAAGUCAUUCUUAAGGCUGGAGAAGAGAAUGGUCACAAUGCAGUGUCCCACAUCAACUACUUGGACAAGUCUAAAAGCAGCCCUCUCCAUCUGGCUGUGCGUGGUGGAAAUUUUGAGACCAUCCGUCUCUGCAUUGCCACUGGGGCCAAAAUCGACCAGCAACAAAAUGACCGUUCCACACCGCUUCAUUUGGCCUGCACUCAGGGGGCUAUAGAGGUGGUAAAAUUGAUGCUGUCCACUGUGGACCAAGUAGAAGAUGUCAUCAACCUGACUGAUGGAGCUUGCCAGACCCCACUGCACAAGGCUACAAUAUUUGAUCAUGCGGAGCUGGCAGAUUACCUAAUUUCUUUGGGUUCUGACCAGAACAGCAUUGACUGUAAGGGAAACACUCCUUUAUUGCUGGCAACUAGCUGUGGAGCAUGGAAGACGGUAGCUCUGCUGCUGUCCAAAGGGGCUAAUGUGAAUGUGAAGGACAAAUGCGGCUGUAACUUUCUGCAUCUGGCCAUCCUGCAGCCUAAGGGUUUGAAAAAUCUCACUGAGGAAGUUUUACAGCAUAACAGUGUGAAGGCCUUGCUGAGCUGUGAGGAUAACGAAGGGUGCACACCACUGCACUAUGCUUGCAGACUUGGUAUCCAUGAUUCUGUGAAGAACAUGCUCGGCCUCUCAGGGCAACUUGGCCUUGCAUGCAAGUCCAAAGACAAGAAGUCUGCUCUUCACUUUGCUGCACAGUAUGGGCGUGUAAACACCUGCCACAGGUUACUGGAGUCCAUCACAGACUCUCGUCUGCUAAAUGAAGGUGAUGAGCGGGGCCUCACACCGCUGCAUUUGGCUUCAAAAAAUGGACACACCAAGGUGGUACAACUAUUGUUGCGCAAAGGAGCUCUCUUUCACAGUGAUUACAAAGGCUGGUCUUGUCUUCACCAUGCUGCUUCUGAAGGAUACACACAAACUAUGGAUAUAUUGCUCUCUGCAAAUCCCAAGUUACUUGAUAAAACCGAUGAGGAUGGGAACACUGCACUCCAUAUCGCUGCAAGAUCGGGACAUGUGGCUGCGGUCAGAAUGAUGCUGGUAAGAGGGGCCGAGAUCAUGUUGAAUAAGAAUGACACUUCGUUCCUCCACGAGGCUCUGCAGAACGGUAGAAAGGAUGUGGUCAAGGCUGUGAUUGACAGUGAGAGAUGUGAUGAGGCUCUUGGAAUGUUUGAACCCGGAUCCACUCAGCGUUGCCCCAUUCUUGACAUGAUUGAGUUUCUGCCUGAGAGCUGCAAGCAUCUGCUUGACCGCUGCGUGAGGGAGUCUGAUGAUGAUCACAACAGCCCAGACUACCAUAUUGAAUAUAAUUUCAGAUGGCUCCAGGCUCCUAUUGCAACAAAAUUGCUCAAGAAUGGCUACGCUCCUAAGCCACUAGCUGCAGUCAAUGCAAUGGUGGAGUAUAACCGAAUUGAGCUCCUCAACCAUCCAGUCUGCAAAAAGUAUUUGGCAAUGAAAUGGUUUGCCUAUGGGAGCAAAGCUCACUUGCUUAACAUGUUUCUGUACCUGUUUGGGCUAUUGCCAUUAACAAAUCUGAUAGUGACUCUUCGACCCUCUGUGAAUGCCACUGCUACAGGCGAGCUCGACAUCGUUGUGGUUCCCACCUCAUUUACAGAGCAAAGUGUGUUCUUGUCCUUCUGCAUGGUGAUGGUUUUGAUCACAAACAUCUAUUCAAUAGGAAAAGAGAUCGUGCAAAUUACACAGCAGCGCUGGAGUUACUUCAGAGACAGUUCUAACCAUAUUGACUGGUUGUCGGCCAUCUUCUCUCUUUUGUUCGUCAUUCCCCUAUUGCUAAAUACAGAAGUGUCUUUGCACUGGCAAGCAGGGGCAAUGGCAGUUUUAUUUUCCUGGAUUGGGUUUCUUCUUUAUCUGCAGAGGUUUGAGGGUAUCGGCAUCUAUGUUGUAAUGUUUGGAGAGAUCAUGAGGACAUUGAUCCGUAUUGUCAUGCUGUUUGUGUACCUGAUGUUGGCAUUUGGUUUGGCCUUCUAUGCUUUGAUGCUCAACCAGAAAGAGUUUAACAGCGUACCACUCUCUGUGAUUCAAACCUUCGUGAUGAUGGUCGGGGAGCUGAACUAUCAGAACAACUUCUUGGAGGCUUUUUUGAACAAUGAGCUUCCAUUUGGUGUCCUGACAUAUGUGAUUUUUGUGUUCUUUGUUCUGCUUAUGCCCAUCCUUUUAGUGAACCUGAUGAUUGGUUUAGCAGUUGGAGACAUUGCUGAAGUUCAACGAAAUGCUUCUCUGAAGCGAAUCGCAAUGCAGAUUGAUCUCCACACAUCCCUGGAAGACAAGCUCCCUUACUGGUUUAUGAAGCGAGUGGACAAACCCUCAGUUAUCGUCUACCCCAAUCGCAAAUGCUCCAGGCACUUCAUAAAACAAAUAAUCUCCGGUGAGGAGGAUAGAAGUGAAGUCUGGACUCGUCUGCAGUCCAAAUCACAGAGCUGCACCUUUGUAGAGAAUGAGCUAAAAAAGCAGAAAGCGAGGAUGAAAGAAAUGUCAGGCAUGCUAGAGAAGCAGCACUGCCUCCUGAAACUUAUCAUCCAGAAGAUGGAAAUCUCCUCAGAAGCCGAGGAGAUUGACGGUCCUGUGACCCUCAGAGGCAACAUGUGGCCCACUUUGAAGCAAACCAAAGCAAGAGUCCGCACCACAUCUCGCUGGUUGCCACUGAUUAAAGCCAUUGAGGCCAAGCGCAAAUAGGCAGAAGAGAUCUAAAAUGCAUGGACAUUUAUUACUAUUUUCACCACUAAUUUUCACUAUAUUCUAGCUGAAAUCAUAAGAUAUAAAAAUGUAUAUGUGACUGUUACUUAUACCAAGAUUCAUUGCUUAAUUAAUUUAUUUCUCCUGUAGACACGUGAUUGUAAGGGGUCAACUGAGUUAGCUUGUAAUUUCUUUCUUCCCUUAUUUAGAGUUCCUAAAUGCAACAAACAUAGACAAUUAUAUACAUAAUAAAGAUAUGACUUUUAAAUUCACAUCCACAUACAUUCAAUACUAUUCAAUAAUACAUUUAAAUGAUAGAGCUACUCAUACUACGAUUCUACUUAAACCCUGCUUAUUAUAUGAAUAAAUAAAAAUCUGUCAGAUUUUGUCAUGCUGGAAGUUACUGUCUGUAUACUGUAUCUAUAGUACAUAGUUUUUUGGCUCUCCGGUGUCUAGCCAAAAAUAUGACAUGUUCUAAAUAUAUGCAAUCAAAGAGAUGAAUUUGCAAUCCUGUUUUUGUGUAUAGUAAUAAUAAUAACAGUGGGUUAUAAUAAUAAGUGCAAAGAAUCCAGAAUGUUAAUUAAUGUUUUUGUGUCUUAUGUUUAAAGUGUUACUUACAGUAUGUUGCAGCCAUAAUUACUUUCUACAUAAUGCUGUCAGGUGCCUCCAUGUACCUUGCUGGCUUACGAAGAAUAUAACUUUGUCUCUUGUAAAUAAAGCAUGACUUCACCCA